AUGUCUCCCAGCACGCAGAGCGUCCAAAUUCACCUCACAUCGGCUGCCGGAGAGUUGGUCCUUGAAGCGGGACCUUCUCGUUGCGACCUAGGAGCGGAACACAUUUUAAUCAUCGGAGGUGGCGUGACCGGCUUAACGACUGCAUGGGCUCUCUUGGACGCAGGCUACCAGGUAACCGUCGUCUCGGACCGAUGGGCCAACCCCAAGAACCGCAUCACCUCUCAGAUCGCCGGAGCCUUGUGGGAACGGCCGCCCGCAGUAUGUGGUAGACAUACCGAUGUUAUCUCCCUGGAGCAUUCGAAGGGAUGGGCGAUGACGUCCUACCACGUAUUCGAGAAACUGAUGGAGCUCCUACCCGCGGAGGCACACGGCUACGAGAAAAUGAUAGAGAUUGAGCACUGCGGGGUCGCUGGAUUCAAGCGAGAUCCCAACCUCGUGAAGCAGCAUGCAGUAAACCAAAGAGCCAGCGUCGUCGACUCUUACCGCCAUCUCGCUCCCGUUGUCGACACUGACCAUUACAUGGACAAGCUCCUGUCAAAGUACGGAGCGCAUGCUAUCGUCAACGCCACGGGGCUCAGCGCAGUUGAACUAGCAGGAGAUGAGACCGUCUAUCCUCUCCGCGGCGCACUCAUCCGUGUGGUGAACGACGGGAAGAGUUUUCCGAAAGUCACGGAGGCUCUGGCUGUCGGCAUCGACGACGCGCACAGAGACGAACAGGACCUCGUGUGCAUUGUGCUGAGGAACGACAACGUCCUCAUCCUCGGAGGGAUCGCACAGCCGCGGCAGUGGAACCUCGAUCUAACACUCGAGAGCCCGGAGAUCGUCCGCAUGCGGGAACGCUGCAAUGACUUCGUGCCUGGAUUAGACAACGCGGAGUACGAUCCUGACGCGCCACUGGUGCAAGGAAACCGUCCGGCUAGGUCCGAGAACGUCCGCGUCGAGAGAGAGAUGCGCCUCAAAGCGGACGGUUCCGCUAGCCGGAUCGUUCAUUCCUACGGACAAGGCGGAUCAGGCUUCUCCCUCUCGUUCGGUUGCGCCGGGGAAGUACUCGGUCUGCUAAAGGAACUCUCUCUGGGUGUCUCACCUGCGAGAAUGGCUCAGCGUGGACGGGUACUAGCGGCAGAUUUGGCGCGGGCACACCUAUAG